AUGUGCGGCGGGGCGCUGUGGCUGGCCCUGCGGGUGCUCUGCCUGCUGGCCUGCUCUGCGCUCGGGAAGCCUCUGGCGGGCCGGGGCCGCGCCUUGGCCAGGGGGGAUGCCCACCGCCUGCUGGCGGCGGGCGCAGGCGAGCAGGAGGGAGGCGUCUUCGACCUGCGGAUGUUCCUGGAGAACAUGAAGGUGGAUUUCCUGCGCAGCCUCAACCUGAGCGGGGUCCCUGCCCAGGACAAAACGCAAGCGGAGCCCCCGCAGUACAUGCUCGACCUGUACAACAGGUACACCGCCGACAAGUCGUCCACCCCCGCGUCCAACAUCGUGCGCAGCUUCAGCGCGGAAGAUGCUGUCUCUGCAUCCGCCACAGAAGACUUCCCCUUCCAGAAACACAUCUUGCUCUUCAACAUCUCCAUCCCCAGGCAUGAGCAGAUCACCAGGGCAGAGCUCCGACUCUACCUCUCCUGUGAGAGCCAUGAGGACCGCCCCCAUGAGCCGAAGGGAAACGUGGUCAUUUAUGACGUCCUGGAUGGAGCGGACGCAUGGGGUGCCUCCGCGGGGGCCAAGACCUUCCUGGUGUCCCAGGACAUCCGGGACCAGGGCUGGGAGACCUUUGAGGUGUCCAGUGCUGUCAAGCGGUGGGUCAGGGCAGACUCCACCAAGAGCAAAAAUAAGUUGGAAGUGACCGUGGAGAGUCACAGAAAAGGCUGUGACAAGCUGGAUAUCAGUGUCCCCCCAGGCUCCAAAAACCUGCCCUUCUUCGUCGUCUUCUCCAACGACCGCAGCAAUGGCACCAGGGAGACCCGGCUGGAGCUCAGGGAGAUGAUUGGCCACGAGCAGGAGAGCGUCCUACAGAAGCUGUCCGGCCAUGGCCCCGGGGAGGCAGGUGAGAAGCAGGGUGGGGAGGACCCGGAGGGCCGCGCGGCCGCGGGGUCGUCCUUAGCCAGACGGAAGAGGAGCGCCGCGGCCAACAGCCACUGCCAGAAGACCUCCCUGCGCGUGAACUUCGAGGACAUCGGCUGGGACAGCUGGAUCAUCGCGCCCAAGGAGUACGAUGCCUAUGAGUGCAAAGGCGGCUGCUUCUUCCCCCUGGCGGACGACGUGACCCCGACGAAACACGCCAUUGUGCAGACCCUGGUGCAUCUCAAGUUCCCCAUGAAGGUGGGCAAGGCCUGCUGCGUGCCCACCAAACUGAGCCCCAUCUCUAUCCUCUACAAGGACGACAUGGGGGUCCCCACCCUCAAGUACCACUACGAGGGGAUGAGCGUGGCAGAGUGUGGCUGCAGGUAG